AUGGUACUAGAUUUAGAUCUUUUUCGGAAAGAUAAAGGCUUUGAUCCGGAUAAAGUGCGAGAAAAUCAAAAGAAACGUUUUAAACAAGUAGAUCUAGUCGACACGGUGAUCGAGAAAGACAAAAUUUGGCGUCAGCUGCGACAUAAGGCUGACAAUUUAAAUAAGUUAAAAAAUGUAUGCAGUAAAGAAAUUGGAGAAAAAAUGAAAAAGAAAGAAGCAGUGGAUGGUGAUGAUAAAGUAUCAAAGGAUAUUCUUGAAAACCUAGAAAAUUUAAUACCUAAUAAUUUGAAAUCAUUAACAGUUGCUCAAAUUAAAACUGUCCGUAGUUUUAUUGAUGAUGCUAUUCGAACAAAUGAGAAAGAUUUAGUUUUGACUGAAUUUGAAAGAAAUCGCGCUCUUAAAGAGAUAGGGAAUAUGUUACAUGAAUCUGUACCAAUUAGUAAUGAUGAAGAUGAAAAUAAAGUUGAGAGAACAUAUGGAGAUUGUACACAAAGAAAGAAAUAUUCUCAUGUUGAUUUAAUACAUAUGAUUGAUGGUAUAGAUGGAGAACGUGGUACUAAUGUUUCAGGAGGGCGUGGUUAUUUUUUAGUAGGACCAGCAGUUUUUCUACAACAUGCAUUAAUUCAAUUAGCUCUUAGACAAUUAUCAAAAAAUGGUUAUAAACCACUUUAUACACCAUUUUUUAUGCGUAAAGAUGUAAUGCAGGAAGUAGCACAAUUAUCUCAGUUUGAUGAAGAAUUAUACAAGAUAAUUGGUAAGGGUAGCGAACGAAAUGAUGAUAAGGAAAUUGAAGAAAAAUAUUUGAUCGCUACAUCUGAGCAACCAAUAGCUGCAUUUCAUAGAAAUGAAUGGAUACCUGAGAAUAUUUUACCAAUUAAGUAUGCUGGAUUAUCUACAUGUUUUAGGCAAGAAGUUGGAUCUCAUGGACGUGAUACCAGAGGCAUUUUUAGAGUUCAUCAAUUUGAAAAGGUGGAGCAAUUCUGUUUAACGUCACCAUAUGAUAAUAAGUCUUGGCAUAUGAUGGAAGAAAUGAUUACAAAUGCAGAAGAGUUUUACCGUACUUUAAACAUUCCUUAUCGUAUAGUUAAUAUAGUAUCAGGUGCAUUGAAUAACGCUGCUUCAAAAAAAUUAGAUUUGGAAGCAUGGUUUCCAGGAUCAGGUGCAUUUCGUGAACUUGUUUCAUGUAGCAACUGUUUGGAUUAUCAAGCAAGACGUUUACUGGUCAGAUAUGGUCAAACGAAAAAGAUGAAUACCAAUACAGAUUAUGUUCAUAUGUUAAAUGCCACAAUGUGUGCAGUUACUCGAGUUAUAUGUGCAAUUUUGGAGGUACAUCAAACUGAUACUGGUAUCGAAGUACCAAAAGUUCUUGCACCAUUUAUGCCAGUGGAAUAUGAAAAUGAAAUUCCAUUCACUAAACCAGCUCCUAUUGAUGAAACGGAACUAAGAAAACAAAAAAGACAAAAGGAUUGAAAAGAUAUCAUUGUAACUUAACUUUUAAUUCUUCUGCAAAUAGAAAUAAUUAUAACAAAUUGAGCUAUGAUCUAAAUAUUA